AUGGCGACACCAGGCCCCUCGGCGCCCAAGCAGUGGGGUGUCAGUCCGCCCAUCUCAACGGCCCUUCCGGAGCCUUUAGAUAACGAGAAGACGGCGGAGUUGGUGGAAGAGUUGAAGCGAGAGAACAACUAUGAACCUAUGGAUGAGACGAAAAAGAGGAUGAGCACACUGGGCCUGCUGAACAGAGUCACUCAAGAGUUUGUGCGAGAAGUGAGCCGGAAGAAGAGAUUGCCGCCAUCUCAAAUCGACCAGUUUGGGGGCAAGAUCUAUCCCUAUGGGAGUUACCGCUUGGGGGUGUUUGGGCCAGGAUCCGAUAUAGAUACUCUUGCGGUUGCUCCAAGGCAUAUCACCCGUGAAGACUUCUUCGAACACUUUCCCACAGUGCUAGAGCGCAUGGCUGGGCCUGGCGCAAUCACGUCUUUGACGGCCGUCCCUGAUUCCUUCGUCCCCAUUAUCAAACUCGUCCUCAACGGUAUCGAAAUCGAUCUCAUCUUUGCCUCCAUCGCCUCGCUACAAAGAAUCCCCAAGGAUCUCACUCUCAAUGACAACAAUCUGCUUCUGGGCUUGGAUCAGCCUACAAUUCGAGCAGUCACCGGACCGCGUGUGACCGACGAGAUCUUAUCCUUGGUACCCGAACAGAAGACCUUUCGUACCGCGCUACGUGCCAUCAAGUUAUGGGCCCAGAGACGAGCCAUCUAUGCCAAUAUUGUUGGUUAUCCUGGCGGUGUAGCUUGGGCCCUACUCGUUGCUCGAGUUUGUCAACUAUAUCCUCACGCGGUCGGGGCGACAAUUGUCGACAAAUUCUUCUUCGUCAUCAGCCAUUGGGAGUGGCCGACGCCGGUCAUGCUGAAGGACAUUGAAAAGGUGAAGAAUACCGAGCAGAACAAGUUUUUCAAGGUGUGGAACCCGGCCAUCUAUCCAGGUGACCGCAAGAAUAUCAUGCCAAUCAUCACUCCUGCGUUCCCCAGCAUGUGUGCGACGUACAAUAUCUCCCAGUCAGGGAAGACGGUCAUCUUGCGUGAAUUGAAAAGGGGUGGGGAAAUCACCAACAAAAUAUUCUCCGGCAAGGCUCAGUGGAGUGACUUGUUCAGGAAGCAUACCUUCUUCACCGCCGAUCACAAAUACUAUCUCAGCGUGACUGCCAGCUCUUUAAAUGCCGAUUCGGCCAAAGCGUGGGCCGGUCUCGUUGAGUCCAAAGUGCGCAUUUUCGUCAUGCAGCUAGAAGCCAUCCAGGAAAUUGAGCUCGCCCGUCCCUUUACUAAAGGGUUCAAGCGUGUCCACAAAUGCUCGGAUGAGAUGCAGAUCCGUGAAGUGCAGAAGGCCAGCAUGAAAUACAAAGUGGAAGAAACAAAAACCAUGGAGUCUACGGAUCCCGAGCUCGUCACGACGAACGGUGAAGGUGCCACUGUUCCCUCCGUCGACAGUGCGAAGCCGGAAGCCGAGCAAGGCGGCCUCACCGUGUACACGUACACCUUCUACAUUGGCAUUGACACCGUUGCCAAACGUCUAGAUUUGGUUCCGGCCUUUAGAGCCUUUAAAGAUAUCUGCGAGAACUGGGCAGGGUUCAAUCGAGACAUCCAUCAUCUGAGUCUGGCCUCUACACGAAGCUGGGAUCUCCCUGAGGAUCUCUUUGAUGAGAAAGCUGGCGAAGUCAGGCCAAGUAAACCGAUCAAGAAGAUCGUCAAGGCUGCCAAACCAGAGGCCAAACCAGCCCGGCGGACUAUCAGUGAAGUCGAGGACGCCGAGACUAAUGGUGAUUCCGUGAAGCGACAAAAAGUGAUUCAACUUACACCGACGCCGACACCUGCUGCAGCCCCAGCCUGA